UAACAAAUUAGUCAGAAGUCAUAUUUUGUAAUAUAUUUGUUGAAUUGAAUUUACAAUGGUUUUUUUCCUUGAACGUAUUAAGCACGUAUCUACUUUAUGCCAUAUCUUUGGAGCAGGUUUUCGAUGUUAUGAUUCCAAGAAAGCUUUUUUAUUGUACUGGACACUUUAUAUUGGAAUCGUUUUCUUUAAUAUUUUAGCUUAUUAUCGAGGUAUAAUUCGUAUAUCAGUUGUUUUUGUAAAUAGACUGGAUAUUAUGUCAAUAAUCAACGUCAUUUGUAUUCACAUAAGAAUUUUAACUCCAUUAGUCAUGGUCUGCUCUAAGUUGUUGGCUGAUAAUGAAGUUUUAAUUAGUACCAUACGAUCAAUUGAUGACUUAAUACCAACUUUACAAAAUACUUCACUGUUUUCUUACGCUUGGUACUUUUAUUGUUGGAUAAUAUUACAUGUUAUAACGGAAGUUUCACAAUUAUUUUUUUUCUGGUCAGCUGUUAAUUUUAAAUAUAUCAAUUGUGUGGAUGCUAUUCUCGGGACGAUUUUAAAUGUUGUGAUUUGUAUCCCUAUUGUGCAGUAUAAUAUGAUAAUGCUACUUAUUGGUCGUGGCAUUAGAGAAAUCAACAAUGAUAUCACAUCGAUAAGAAAAUGGAAACCAUAUCGAGCUAAAUGGAAAGAGCUUAAGAAUAAAGCACAACAUAUUACACAUUAUGUUUACAAUAUGUCAAUUGUUAUUUUUGUUAUCUACACUAUGAGUGAUAUAUUUUGCUUUGGUUAUACAUUUACCGUUUUAGUUGACUAUAAUAAAAAGAAAUUAAUAAUCUGUUUUUUCAUUACAUUUUUUAUGCGAUUGGGAUUUUGCGUUGAACUAUUUCGAGUGGCCAACAUUUGCAAAUAUGAGAUUCUUAGAACUCAAAGUAUUCUUAAUGAUGUUAAGAUGAAUUCUAUUUUAGAUUUAAAAGAAGUCCAGUAUACUUCUCUGUAUAUGUUACAUUCAGAUUUCAAUCUAAUGCCAUGUGGUUGUUUUAAUCUAUCAUUUAGAACUUUAUUAACUAUUUUGGGGAUGGCCAUAGCUUGUUUGGCAUAUCAAAUUCAAAUCAAAAUUGGCUAAAAGUAUUACUUUGAUCGAAUAAGUAAAUUACAUAUGAUUAAAAGUUUUGUAUAUUUUAAAUUGGUUGAAACAUUUUAGCAGUUGAGUUUUUAUGAAAUACUUUAGUCCUAGGUAAAAUAUAAAUUUUAUUUACAGCUCAUU